AAGCCGUUGUUUAUAUGCAGUUUUACUUGAGUGAAAACACAAAACGUCUGUUACAUAGCCUGUACAUGAUUAUGUAUUUUAGAGUUAAUCCUUCAUAGCCUAUUUAUAAACAUAAAUGUUAUUUUUUAUUUUAUUUAUUUGAAGGCUUAGCUUUCUCGCAUGCUUUUUUUUAGCUGCUAUACUGUGUGAAUCCACGCACAGGCAACACGAUGCAUUUCUUCGGUUUUAUUGGGGCUAGUUACUGUUUAACAUCUCCACCCAACUUUCAGUUUGUUUAGUAAAUCGAUCUAAUGAGGCUCCCCCAACACCACCAAAUGUAGCCUGUUAACCAAUGUCAGGCUUAUGACAUGUUAAAGUCUUUAUGUACUCGUGUGUGCUCUCUGUGAUAUCCUGAACUGUUAUUUUAGCGACAUAUUUUUGACACAUGCUCGUUUGGGUUUUACUGGAUCAAUGCAAAUCGUUGUUGGACGGCGAGAAGAAAGCAUGCCAACAGAGCCCAGCAUCAGUCUAGGAGAUAACGGUUUGAGCACCAGCUGCGCAAUCUGUGGCGACAUAGCCACAGGUAAACAUUAUGGUGCCUCCAGCUGUGAUGGCUGCAAAGGCUUUUUCCGCAGGAGCAUCAGAAAAAGUCAUGUCUACUCCUGCAGGUUUAAUCGCCAGUGCGUUGUUGACAAAGAUAAAAGGAACCAGUGCCGUUUUUGCAGACUUCACAAAUGCUUUCACGCUGGAAUGAAGAAAGAAGCGGUGCAGAAUGAGAGGGACCGUAUCAGCUCUAGGAGGAACAUACAAGAUUCACAUGACCUGCCGCCUAUUACUGCCCUUGCUCAUGCAGAAGCUCUCUCACAGCAGCAGAUUAACAUCAGCCCAAUGGGCCCUGCUGAUGUUUCAGAGAAAAAAUCAGCCACUAUCGGUGACGUCUCUGAGUCUAUGAAGCAACAGCUGCUUGUUCUGGUAGAGUGGGCUAAAUACAUCCCAGCCUUUGGCGAAUUGCCACUUGAUGACCAGGUUAGUUUAUUACGAGCACAUGCUGGGGAGCAUCUUCUACUUGGUGUUGCUAAGAGGUCAAUGAUAUACAAAGACAUCCUGCUUCUAGGUAAUGGGUGUGUUAUUCAACGAAACUGCCCUGAGCCGGAAAUAGGUCGGGUGGCUAACCGUGUCUUAGAUGAACUGGUCUUACCCUUUCAGGACAUCCAAAUUGAUGACAAUGAAUAUGCAGCUCUAAAGGCCAUUGUGUUCUUCGACCCUGAUGCCAAAAGCUUAAGAGCUCCCUCUAAGAUCAAGGCAAUGCGCUAUCAGGUUCAGAUGAGCCUGGAAGACUACAUUAAUGACCGGCAGUAUGAUUCGCGUGGGCGAUUUGGAGAGCUUUUGCUACUGGUUCCCACUCUGCAAAGCAUCACCUGGCAGAUGAUUGAGCAGCUGCAGUUUAUCAAGCUUUUUGGCCUAGCCAAAAUAGAUAACCUGCUGCAGGAGAUGCUUCUUGGGGGUCUAACCACAGAGCAGCCUCACCUACAUCACAAUGGUCACCCUCAGGUUCCAUUAACUGGGCAGACCAUAGUCAUUAGCUCUAUACCAGUGCCUGGACACUCACAGCAGAUUGAUUCUCCAGAGACCCCAAUUCCAUCUCCUACUCCAGUACAGAACCAGGAGGUCUACAAGCCAUCCAGCAGCCCAAAUCUCCUGCUACCACCACUGCCCAUGCCAAACAGACCCUCUCCUGUGCCUACCCUAUGAGCCUCCACCAAUCUUUGUUUCUCUAUUGCAGGGUUACUGCAGCCCUGUGUGUUUGUGUGUAAACUGCAUGAGGUAUACCCAUCUCAUCUCUAGUGCAACAUAUUUAUUUGCGUGAAGGACAUUUGGAUCUUCUUCGAUUCACUGAGACAAAUUUCAACUUAAAUUUCAAAGUGGCCUUCCACCAAUUGAAAAAUAAUUGUAUUUCACUCAGCAUCUGGAAUGUUAUGUUUGUCAUUAUGGUAAACCUUUCGGUUUCUCUUUUUAUCAUCCUAUGACUGGAAUCAUAAAGGCCCCUGCACACUUACAUACGAAACUGAAGUAUGAACGGGUGUGAUGCCAUAUAGAGCAAAAUCUGGCCAAAAUUAAGAUGUGUUGAGUUCAUUUUGGUCGUUCGUAACAGCUCGCUAGGGAAUCUUUCAGGAAAACUUUGUACCAGCUGCUAAUCACUUUACUGCCAUGUGUCCAUAACACUGGUAGGCCUAGCAGACCCGGCGCCAGACACAAAUUCACGGACGGGCAUUAAAUUUUUUUCAGGGGGGCACAACUGAGAUAAACCUAAUUCCCUAAUUGCAUAAUAACAUUAAAUGAUAUGACCGAUUAUGAAUUGAAUAUGUAUGAUACAAUGAUAAUGAUCGAUAGUAGCCAGUUACAUAAUGUACUGACGCUAUUCAAAUUCAUAACUGACGCUAAAGAUUUGUGCUGUUUAGGCUUGCGCAGCCUCUCGAUGAAACAAAUAGGCCUAACUGCAGCUCACACAAAGAAACUCAGUUAGCAUACUGCGGUAAAAAAUUCAAAAUGUGUAAGUUAGUUUUUAUAUUUAUAACAUGAAGCAACAUCAUACAACCAAGUGCUGAAUACCAUCACGAUUGAAAAUGUAACACUGAUUUCGACAGUUCAAUAAACAAGUAAUUCAUAUUAAGUCACUUA